AUGGCCGGCGGCGGCAUCUUCAGCAGGGCGCUGAGCUACGUCGUCAACGAGUUCCUCGUCGAGGGCCUCGCCAACAACCGUGCCUUCCAGAGGUUUGCUGUGAGGACCAACAGGACUUUAGAGGAACUCUCAUCUAAAGCUAAGCAAGCGAGGGAGGAGAUAUCGGAGCAAUUUAAGGAUGCUCGUGGACCCGAUGAUCGCUUCAAGCAGUGA